AUGUCUACCCAAAUCGGAAUGGGGGCUUGCUGCCUCUCAGGCUCCGUCCACAGCGGCACUCCCAAAGGACGCGAAGAUAACAUCGGUGGCCUCGAUACCUACGUGUCGGAACCUCAAUCCAAAUCGACAGCCAAGUCUAUCGUUUUCAUUACCGACAUCUUCGGCUGGAAAUUCAAGAACGUCCGCCUCCUAGCCGACAACUACGCCUCCGCCGGCUUCACCUGCUACAUCCCGGACGUCCACCAGGGCGACUCCUUGCCGGAAGAGUUCCUGCAAUCCGUCGAGCCCCCGCUCAAGGUGCGCGAGCAGGAAGGCAUCAUCGACAAAGCCAAGGAGACGGUCGACAUCAUGGCCACAUUGGGCCCCUGGCUCGCCAAGCACCGCGAGGGCGUCUCCGAACCGCUCAUUUCCGGGUUCGUCAACACCGUGCGCCAGAUCCCCGGCACGCAGAAGGUCGGCGCCAUUGGCUUCUGCUGGGGCGGAAGGUACGCCAUCCUGCAGGCGCACAGCCCGCGACCAGAGGGGCAGGUGGGCGGCGUGGAUGCUGCGUAUGCUUGUCACCCGAGCUUGCUGUCGAUCCCGGCGGAUUUUGAGGGGCUGGGCAAGCCGCUGAGCAUUGCGGUUGGCACCAAGGAUAGUCUGCUGGAUCAGAAGAGUAAUGAGCAGAUCAAGGAGUUUUUGGAUACCAGUAAGAAGGAUGUGCCGACUGAGGUGCGGUACUAUGAGGAUCAGGUGCAUGGGUUUGCGUUGCGGAGCGACUGGAGCUCCGAUAAGGAUAAGAAGGCCAUGGAUGAUGCCGAGAAGCAGGGCGUGGCGUGGUUCGAGAAGUACUUGUCUUAG